AUGUCCCACGAGGAAGAUCUCAUCGACUACUCCGAUGAGGAGAUUGGCGCCAACGAGACCGCCGCCGCCUCCAACGGAAAGAAGGGAGAGGCCGCCUCCGGUAACAAUGUCGACAAGAAGGGCAGUUACGUUGGCAUCCACUCCACUGGAUUCCGUGACUUCUUGCUGAAGCCCGAGCUUCUGCGCGCUAUCGGCGACUGCGGUUUCGAGCAUCCUUCGGAGGUCCAACAAACAUGUAUCCCUCAAGCUCUCCUCGGAGGAGACAUCAUCUGCCAGGCCAAGUCUGGUCUGGGAAAGACUGCCGUCUUUGUCCUGGCCACGCUCCAGCAAGUCGAGCCCGUCAACGGCGAGGUCUCGGUUGUCGUCAUGUGCCACACUCGCGAGCUGGCUUACCAGAUCCGAGAUGAGUACAACCGAUUCAGCAAGUAUAUGCCCGACAUCAAGACGGGUGUCUUCUACGGUGGUACUCCCAUCAAGAACGACGUCGAGACUCUCAAGAGCAAGGACACGUGCCCUCACAUCAUUGUCGGCACCCCCGGUCGUCUUAAGGCUCUCGUCCGUGACAAGGCCCUCCGUCUUGGAAGCGUGCGUAUCUUCGUCCUUGACGAGUGCGACAAGAUGCUCGAUCAACCCGACAUGCGCACCGACGUGCAGGAUGUGUUCCGCGCCACUCCUCAGCAGAAGCAGGUCAUGAUGUUCUCGGCCACUCUCUCCGAGGCCAUCAAGCCCAUCUGCCGCAAGUUCAUGCAAAACCCCACAGAGCACUAUGUCGAUGAAGACACCAAGCUCACUCUGCACGGCCUGCAGCAAUACUACAUCAAGCUGGAGGAGCGCGAGAAGAACCGAAAGCUGAAUGAGCUUCUUGACGAUCUUCAGUUCAACCAGGUCAUCAUCUUCGUCAAGAGCACCGUCCGUGCUACCGAGCUGGACAAGCUCCUUCGAGAGUGCAACUUCCCGUCCAUUGCCGUGCACUCUGGAGUCAGCCAGGAGGAGCGUAUCCGCCGCUACAAGGAGUUCAAGGAGUUCAAGAAGCGCAUCUGCGUUGCCACUGAUGUCUUUGGACGUGGUAUCGACAUUGAGCGAAUCAACUUGGCAAUCAACUACGAUCUGUCUAAUGACGCCAGCUCCUACCUUCACCGUGUCGGCCGUGCCGGUCGUUUCGGUACCAAGGGUCUUGCCAUCUCCUUUGUGAGCUCCGAGCAGGACCAGGAGGUCCUUAAGGAGAUUGAGAAGCGAUUCGAAGUCGCCCUUCCCGAGUUCCCGAAGGAGGGUGUUGAUGCCAGCACUUACAUGGCGUCUUAG